GCUGCUUCAUUUGUAAAUCCGCUUACAGAGCUUGUUCAAACAUGACUGUCUCCUAUACCGCACAGGUAGCUACCUGCCGUCGCUUCGGCUGCUUCUGGAAGCUGCUGGGCAAAUGGCGCGCAAGCAUUUACAAACUAAUUUGGGCUGAUCUGCUGGUGUUCCUGUUCGCCUUCUAUGCCAUGGCGUUCAUGUAUCGCUAUGGCCUGACCGGCGACAGCAAACGAAUUUUUGAAGACAUUGUGCAUUAUUGCCGCAGCUAUGCAGCUCUAAUACCGCUGUCCUUUGUGCUCGGCUUCUAUGUGGCCAUAAUCGUGGAGCGCUGGUGGAAUCAGUACAUCACAGUGCCCUGGCCGGAUCCAUUAGCUGUCUAUGUCAGCGCCUUGGUGCGUGGCCAGGACGAGCAUGGUCGACUGAUGCGUCGCACCAUCAUGCGCUAUGUCUGCCUCUCUCUGACUAUGGUCUUUACCAUGAUAUCGCCGGGCAUUAAGCGCCGGUUUCCCACCUAUGACUACUUCAUAACCACCGGCUUGCUCAACACUAACGAGGCGCUGAUUAUCACGAAAAUGGACGAAAAGUUUCCGAAGCACUCCAAAUACUGGAUGCCCCUCAUGUGGGCCUCCAGCGUUAUGACGCGCGCACGCAAAGAGGGACGCAUCUGGGAUGACUUUUCGCUCAAGUCCAUGAUCGAUGAGCUGAACAAGUUCCGUGCCGGCUGCAAUAUGCUCACCCACUACGAUAUGAUCAGCGUGCCGCUGGUCUACACUCAGGUGGUAACCUUGGCGGUCUACGCGUAUUUCUUGGCUGCCAUUUUCGGCAAUCAGUACAUCAAGCAAAAUCCUGCCAAUGUUGUUAACUAUUAUUUUCCAGUGCUUAGCACGCUGGAGUUUUUCUUCUUCAUGGGCUGGCUAAAGGUCGCCGAGACGCUGAUCUGCCCGUUCGGCGACGACGAUGAUGACUUUGAGCUCAACUGGGUAAUCGAUCGCAACCUGCAGGUCAGCUAUCUGAUCGUGGACGAGAUGCACAACGACCAUCCGACGCUCGUCCGGGAUCAGUACUGGGACGAGGUCUUCCCCAAUGAGCUGCCCUAUGCUGAUGAGUCGCAGCGUCCGAAUCCGCCCGAAGCAUCCACUGCCAAGCUGGACCUCUCCAAAAUCACUUCUUCACAGUUGCGGAAGCGCACAGAGAGCGACACGAGCGAGCGCGACUUCACGGAGUUCGAGGUCGAGGACGACUCUAUGAAGAACAACGAGCUGCGCAUCAAGUUUGCCUCGCUUCGUUUCAACAUUCAUCGCAGCUCCUCGUCCGUUUCCGUGCUCGACUUUGAAAACACUGACGAUCUGGAGGAGCAAGGCGAAGGCGACGAGGAGGGCACUAUAUAUGAUGAGUUGAUGUCGCCCGGCUCAAGCAAAGAUGAUUUCGACCGGCUGCGCGAGGAGCGCGAACGCGAACGUCACGCCAGACAACUGCAGCAUGCAGCCAUGACAUUUGACCUGCUUAAGGGCGAAAUGAGAGCCCAGUCAGAAUCGACAAAUCAAUCGGAAAACGCCGACCAACCAGCUGAUAAAAAUCAACAAAACCCCAAUGAACAGGAAGUUCAAACCGACAAGAGUUAUGUGCACAAAACGAAGGAUCGCUAACUAUCUUAACGCUAGACA